AUGAGCACGAGCGGUUGUGAGCAGGCGCAGCAGACGGUCAAGAAACUCGAGGAUGCGAUUCAGCUUCUGCUCAGCAAAGGACGACAGGUGAACAAGAUGCUGGAUGAUGAGAAGACGCGGAUGAAAGAAAGUCGGAAGCAGGAGAUUGCCGGAUUGAAGGAGGAGCUCAAGAACAGCAAAACGAUUCGCGGUGUGAAGCCAAUAACAUCAAAACGCGCCAUUUCCAAUAAGAUUCGCAUUGAAGAAAAAAUGGACUUUGACGUGCCCUCAUUGCCGUUUGAAAAAUCAACAACCAACGUUGGAUCAUGCUCGUCAUCAACGAAAAUUGAGAAGAAGCCGUCAUCGAGCGCGACCAUCUCGCCGUCGUGCCUCGUCCGAUCGCCAAUGCCAAUGAAAAGCUCGACGUCGAAUAAUUAUAUUGUUCUCGAAAGCGAGUACAGCGUUCAAAAUGGCGUCAAUAUAAAAUAUUUGCCAGCGUCGACAAAGGUGUGGCAGAAUAGCGACGGAUCGAUAAAUGUGAUUUACAGUUUUCUCGAUGAGAACAAAAAUGUAUUGCUUAAUGUGAAAUGCCGUUUGAAUGGAUCUCUCGUCUCGAAUGUCUCGAUCGAAUCUCCGCAAAAAGUGAAUUGA